AUCGGCGGUCGUUCUCGUUGACCUUACGAACCGAGAUAAAUAAAGUUAUUUUUUAACAGUUCUUCAGCGAGAUAACUCGCUCAAAAGUUGCGGCCCAGACAUAUCUACUGUUCAGUGAAAAUGCCUAGCGUUGUAACUGUUAACACCACCCCUUUCGAGGGGCAAAAGCCGGGUACAAGUGGUUUACGUAAAAAAGUAAAAGUUUUUCUGCAAGAAAACUACACGGAAAACUUUAUCCAGAGUAUUUUGGAUGCUAACAAAGAUAGUAUCGUGGGUUCCACACUCGUGGUGGGCGGAGAUGGAAGAUACCUUGUUAAAGAAGUCGUGGAUAAAAUUAUAAAGAUCAGCGCUGGAAACGGGGUUGGAAAACUAUUAGUGGGCCAGAACGGCAUCCUUUCCACACCAGCAGUGUCUUGCAUCAUCAGGAAAUACAAUACCCUUGGAGGCAUAGUCCUAACCGCGUCCCACAACCCCGGUGGCAUCAACAAUGACUUCGGCAUUAAGUUCAACUGCAGCAACGGAGGCCCAGCCCCUGAUAACACCACAAAUGAGAUCUACGCGCUUACUACCACCAUUAAGGAGUACAAGACUGUCCCGGAGCUCAACUGCCCUGUGGACAAGAUUGGCGUUUUUAACUUUACCGUGGACAGCAGACCCUUUGUGGUAGAGGUCAUUGACUCCGUGCAAGACUACGUGAGUUACAUGAAGGAGAUAUUUGACUUCCCGAAGAUAAAGGUGUUCAUUCAGGGCUCGGAAAAGAGGAAACCAUUCAACGUUCUCAUUGAUUCUAUGAGUGGAGUAACUGGCCCCUACGUGCAAGCCAUUUUCGUGGACGAACUAGGAGCGUCAGUCAACAACGUCCGCCGAGUCACCCCACUGGAAGAUUUCGGAGGCGCCCACCCUGACCCCAACCUGACUUAUGCCGCUGAUUUGGUAGCCGCGGUCAAAGGAGGAGACUAUGAUUUGGGAGCCGCUUUUGAUGGUGAUGGCGACCGCAACAUGAUAAUAGGGCGUGACGCACUUUUCGUGACUCCAUCUGACUCCUUGGCUGUAUUGGCUGCUCACGCCGCUCUCAUCCCUUACUUCCAACGUAACGGAGUCAAGGGCUUCGCUCGCUCCAUGCCUACCGCGGCCGCUGUGGAUCGCGUCGCUAAAGAUUUGGGGAAGGAGAUCUUCGAAGUGCCUACUGGUUGGAAGUACUUCGGCAACCUAAUGGACGCUGGUCGCCUCUCCCUCUGCGGAGAAGAAAGUUUCGGCACCGGCUCCGACCACGUGCGAGAAAAGGACGGCCUGUGGGCCGCUCUCGCUUGGCUCUCUGUCAUCGCGGGCACCGACAAGUCUGUAGAGGAGAUACUGAAGGAACACUGGGCGAAGUAUGGAAGGAACUAUUUCACUAGAUACGACUACGAAGAAUGCGCCAGUGACCCGUGCAACGAAAUGAUGACCGCCCUCGAGCAACGCAUGACCGCGCCCGGCUUCGUCGGCUCCCCGCACACGUCGGGCUCCAAGACCUAUGUCGUCAAAGUGGCCGACAACUUCUCCUACAUGGACCCUAUUGACCGCAGCGUCGCUAUGAAACAGGGUCUGAGGAUUAUCUUCGAAGAUGGCUCUCGGAUCGUGCUGCGCCUGAGUGGAACCGGCAGUUCUGGAGCUACCGUCAGACUGUACAUCGACUCGUACGAAGCGUCGGACGUGCUAGGCGACGCGCAAGUAAUGCUGCGGCCGCUCAUCGACGUCGCGCUGCAAAUCUCGCAGCUGCAGAAAUACACUGGUCGCGACGCGCCCACCGUCAUCACAUAAACCACUGAUUGCACACGGUGGGACAACUCGCAAGCGAGUUACAUUGCGGGCUUGAUUAAACAUAACAAAACAUAGUAAGGUACAGCGGGUCAAAUC